AAAAAAACGAGGCAUGAAAAUAAUGAUUAUCCUCUUCACUUAUUAAGCCACUCACUAUAAGCAGAGCAACUCCAGAACAUAGUGAGCCCCCAAAACAUUAAAGCAUGAUGAUGUCUAAUGAUGAUGAUCUUCUUCGUUCCAUUUCUCUAAAUUUUUGGGAUUUCUGCGAAGACCCUUCUUCUCUUUCUCUUCUCUGAACUUCAAGAUUCGUGUCGGACAAAUUUUUGUUUUUAUUUUUCUGAUGUUACAAUGGCAGACAAGAUCUUCACUUUCUUCCUAAUCUUGUCUUCGAUCUCUCCUCUCUUAUGCUCUUCUUUGAUCUCACCUCUUAAUCUCUCACUUAUUAGACAAGCAAAUGUCCUUAUCUCUCUAAAGCAAAGUUUUGAUUCCUAUGAUCCUUCUCUUGAUUCAUGGAACAUUCCAAAUUUCAACUCUCUAUGUUCUUGGACUGGUGUUUCUUGUGACAACUUGAAUCAGUCUAUUACUCGUCUAGACCUAUCUAAUCUCAACAUCUCCGGCACUAUCUCUCCGGAAAUAUCUCGUCUUUCGCCGUCACUUGUUUUUCUUGACAUUUCUUCUAACAGUUUCUCCGGUGAGCUUCCUAAAGAGAUCUAUGAGCUCUCAGGCCUCGAAGUGUUAAACAUCUCUAGCAAUGUUUUUGAAGGAGAGCUGGAGACACGUGGGUUCAGUCAAAUGACUCAGCUUGUGACUCUUGACGCUUACGACAACAGCUUCAACGGAUCACUUCCUCUGAGUCUAACCACACUCACUCGUCUCGAGCACUUAGAUCUUGGAGGAAACUACUUCGACGGUGAGAUCCCUAGAAGCUAUGGAAGUUUCUUGAGUCUCAAGUUUCUUUCUUUAUCUGGUAAUGAUCUCCGUGGGAGAAUCCCUAACGAGCUAGCGAACAUCACGACUUUGGUACAGCUUUACUUAGGUUACUACAACGAUUACCGCGGUGGGAUACCUGCAGAUUUCGGGAGAUUGAUCAAUCUUGUUCAUUUGGAUUUAGCUAAUUGCAGCUUGAAAGGAUCAAUUCCUGCAGAAUUGGGGAAUCUCAAGAACUUGGAGGUUCUGUUUCUUCAGACCAAUGAGCUUACAGGCUCUGUUCCUCGAGAGUUAGGGAACAUGACAAGCCUCAAGACUCUUGAUCUCUCCAACAACUUUCUUGAAGGAGAGAUUCCUCUAGAGCUAUCUGGACUUCAAAAGCUUCAGUUGUUUAACCUCUUCUUCAACAGACUACACGGCGAGAUCCCUGAGUUCGUAUCUGAGCUUCCUGAUCUGCAAAUACUCAAGCUUUGGCACAACAAUUUCACCGGAAAGAUUCCUUCGAAACUCGGAUCAAACGGGAACUUGAUCGAGAUCGAUUUGUCUACCAAUAAACUCACAGGUUUGAUCCCUGAGUCACUCUGUUUCGGAAGAAGACUAAAGAUUCUCAUUCUCUUCAACAACUUCUUGUUCGGUCCUCUCCCUGAAGAUCUUGGCCAAUGUGAACCGCUAUGGAGAUUCCGUCUCGGACAGAACUUUCUGACAAGUAAGUUGCCAAAGGGUUUGAUUUAUUUGCCGAAUCUUUCGCUUCUUGAGCUUCAAAACAACUUUUUGACUGGAGAAAUCCCCGAAGAAGAGGCGGGAAAUGCGCAGUUUUCGAGCCUUACUCAGAUCAAUCUGUCCAACAACAGGUUAUCCGGACCGAUUCCUGGUUCAAUCAGAAACCUCAGAAGCCUUCAGAUUCUUCUUCUCGGUGCAAACCGGUUAUCGGGACAGAUCCCUGGCGAAAUCGGAAGUUUGAAGAGUCUUCUCAAGAUUGACAUGAGCAGAAACAACUUCUCAGGCAAGUUUCCUCCUGAGUUUGGUGAUUGCAUGUCACUCACAUAUUUAGAUUUGAGUCACAACCAGAUUUCCGGUCAGAUUCCGGUUCAGAUAUCGCAGAUUCGGAUUCUAAACUAUCUGAAUGUUUCUUGGAAUUCCUUUAACCAAAGCCUUCCCAACGAACUCGGAUACAUGAAGAGUUUAACAUCAGCAGAUUUCUCACACAACAACUUCUCCGGUUCAGUACCAACUUCAGGGCAAUUCUCUUACUUCAACAACACGUCAUUCCUUGGAAACCCUUUUCUCUGUGGAUUUUCUUCAAACCCUUGCAACGGUUCCCAAAACCAAUCUCAAUCUCAGCUACUUAACCAGAACAACGCAAGAUCCCGAGGUGAAAUCUCCGCAAAAUUCAAGUUGUUCUUCGGGUUAGGCCUACUAGGGUUUUUCUUGGUGUUCGUCGUUUUAGCUGUGGUCAAGAAUAGGAGAAUGAGAAAGAACAACCCGAAUUUAUGGAAGCUUAUAGGGUUUCAGAAGCUCGGUUUCAGAAGCGAACACAUAUUAGAAUGUGUUAAAGAGAACCAUGUGAUUGGGAAAGGCGGACGAGGGAUUGUCUACAAAGGGGUAAUGCCAAACGGAGAAGAAGUUGCAGUCAAGAAGCUCUUAACCAUAACCAAAGGAUCAUCUCAUGACAACGGUUUAGCCGCAGAGAUUCAGACAUUAGGUAGAAUCAGACACAGAAACAUAGUGAGAUUGCUCGCUUUUUGUUCAAACAAAGACGUGAAUCUCCUUGUUUACGAGUAUAUGCCUAAUGGUAGCCUCGGAGAAGUCUUGCACGGGAAAGCUGGAGUGUUUUUGAAAUGGGAAACACGGUUGCAAAUAGCGUUGGAAGCGGCUAAGGGGUUGUGUUAUCUUCACCAUGAUUGCUCGCCACUUAUAAUCCACCGUGAUGUGAAGUCAAACAACAUCUUGUUGGGUCCUGAGUUUGAAGCUCAUGUUGCUGAUUUUGGGCUUGCUAAGUUUAUGAUGCAAGACAAUGGAGCUUCCGAGUGCAUGUCCUCGAUCGCUGGCUCGUACGGCUACAUCGCUCCAGAAUAUGCAUAUACACUGAGAAUAGACGAGAAGAGCGAUGUGUACAGCUUCGGAGUAGUGUUAUUGGAGCUGAUUACGGGUCGAAAACCAGUAGAUAAUUUUGGGGAAGAAGGGAUAGACAUUGUGCAAUGGUCAAAGAUCCAAACAAACUGUAACAGACAAGGUGUGGUGAAGAUCAUUGACCAGAGAUUGAGCAAUAUUCCAUUAGCAGAGGCCAUGGAACUGUUCUUUGUGGCAAUGCUAUGUGUGCAAGAACAUAGUGUUGAGAGACCGACCAUGAGAGAGGUUGUCCAGAUGAUCUCUCAGGCUAAACAGCCUAAUACUUUCUAAAUGCAGUGAUGUUAUAUAUAUAAGAGACUAAAUAUAUAUUUUUCUGUUUUAUGUGUUUCAUAGAGUUUUGUUUUUAGAAUUUGUAAUGAUGGUUUGGUGGUGAUAUGAGUUUAUAUUGAAAUUGAGGAGGAAAAAAAGGGUUAGCAUUAUAUCUUCCUAUCAUAAAGUAUCAAGCAAAACUAAAUAACA